AUGCAGCAGCAGCAGCAGCAGCAACAACAGCAGCAACAGCAACAGCAACAGCAGCAGCAGCAGCAACAGCAGCAACAGCAGCAACAGCAGCAGCAACAGCAGCAUCCCCCGCUUUCCCUCUUUGUCACCAGGCAACAUCAACAACAGCAACAGCAGCAGAAGCAGCAACAACAGCAGCAUAUGCAGCAGCAACAGCAGCAGCAACAGCAGCAACAGCAGCAGAAACAGCAGCAGCAACAGCAGCAGCAACAGCAGCAACAGCAGCAACAGCAGCAACAGCAGCAGCAGCAACAGCAGCAUCCCCCGCUUUCCCUCUUUGUGUGUAUGAUGAAUAUAUUUGACUACAAGCUAACGACUAAACUAAAAUAA